AUGACUUCAGAGGAAAACAAGCUCAAGGCUGACCAGAUCAAGGCUGAAGCCAAUGUUCUUUUUGGACAGAAACGAUUCAACGAUGCGAUCGAAAAGUAUACAGCUGCCAUUGAACUCAACCCAAACGUUGCUGCCUACUACACCAAUCGCGCCUUUUGCCAUGUCAAGCUAGAGAACUACGGCUAUGCCAUUUCGGACGCUGAGGAAGCUCUCAAGAUCGAUCCGACACUCACCAAGGCAAACUAUCGUCGUGCAUCUGCCAACAUGGCUCUUGGCAAGUUCAAGGAAGCAUUGAAGGAUCUCAAAGUGGUAUCCAAGCGUGCACCGGGUGAUAAGGAUGCGAAGAUGAAGUUGGAUGAAUGCGCAAAGAUUGUCAAGCGUAUCGAAUUCGAAAAGGCCAUUGAACAUGAUGAUCGUAAACCAAGCGUGGGUGACACUUUGGAACCAUCAAGCAUCGCGGUGGAAUCAUCUUAUGAUGGCCCAAGGAUUGAUGAAGAAAGCAAUCAAAUCGACAAGAAGUUUGUGGAUACAAUGAUUGAGCGAUUCAAGAACCAAAAGACCGUUCACAGAAAAUAUGCAUUCAUGAUCAUUCUUGCUGUGCGAAAGAUGAUGUUGGAGGCUCCUUCAUUGAUCGAUGUUCAAGUUCCACCCAAUGGCAAAUUAACAGUGUGUGGUGAUGUUCAUGGUCAAUUUUACGAUUUCAUCAACAUUUUCGAGACUAAUGGUUAUCCUGCUGAAGAUCAUGCCUACUUGUUCAAUGGUGAUUUUGUGGAUCGUGGCAGUUUCUCAGUCGAAGUUAUCUUGACACUCUUUGCUUACAAAUGGCUCUAUCCCAAUCGAUUGUUCUUGGCACGUGGCAAUCACGAGACCGACAACAUGAACAAGGUGUAUGGUUUUGAAGGCGAAGUUCGUGCCAAAUUCAAUGAAACCAUGUUCAAGUUGUUCUCUGAAACGUUCAAUGCUCUUCCUUUGGCCCAUGUCAUUGAGAACAAGAUCCUUGUUGUACACGGUGGUCUCUUCUCUAAGGAUGAUGUGACUUUGGAUGAUAUUCGCAAGAUUGAUCGAUUGUCACUUGGCCAACCUGGUACAGAUGGUUUGAUGUGCGAGUUGUUAUGGUCUGAUCCCCAACCAGAACCUGGUCGUGGUGCAAGCAAGCGUGGUGUGGGUAUCCAAUUUGGCCCUGAUGUCACCAAGAACUUUUUGGAACGCAACAACCUUGACAUGCUGAUACGAAGCCAUGAAGUGAAGGAGAAUGGUUACGUGAUUGAACAUGAUGGCAAAUGUGUCACUGUCUUUUCAGCACCCAACUAUUGUGACACUGUGGGCAACAAGGGAGCAUUCAUCAACAUUACACCGGAUCUCAAGUUAGAUUAUGUUACAUUUGAGGCUGUGCCCCAUCCUCAAGUGCGUCCAAUGCAAUACGCCAGCCAAUUCAGCGGCUUGUUUGGCAUGUAA